UGGGGUCAGUUUGUGAAACUGUAGCUUGCUGGAAUAGUUAGAGAGGAAAAGGUGCUGCACUUUUUUGUUUUUGUUUUUUUAGGGGGGGACAAGAUCUGUUAAAGUUUGAGUAUUUAUCCAAGAGGGAUCAAGCUCAAGUUGUGAUUUCAGCCUGCUCUCUUGCCUCCUGGUUUGUGCGUCUGUCCCGGACGAGGGGGCGGUGGGGUGGCGUCACGUCAUAUCGGCCGCCGCGCUCUGAUUGGCCGCCGAUUCUCACCCGACACAGCUGUGAUUGUUUUCUGCAGAGGAAGCUCUCGUCCCUGGUAUGAGCUCUGUGCUGUGGAAUGGAGCGACACUCGCAGGAAAACAAGGAGGAGGUCCGGGUUUAAUCGUUUGCGAGGCGCGAAUGAACAGGAGAGGAGGUUUGUGUUUGGACCAGACACUGAAGACGUCUGGAGAUCAAGCCCAAAAGUGCCAAAUGCCCAGACUGGAGGACCACUGCUGGAGCUGCUCCUGUGCAUCAAGGGUAGAAACUAAACACUCAUCAUCCGGAGCGAACUGGUUGGCAUCCAAAGCUGAAGAAAUGAUGUCCAUCAUCACCUCGGUGCUCAGCAAUGCAUACGGCUCCCUGCACGACGUCCGGACGGCCAACCUGAUCCGCCGGGGUCUCGUCCUCUUCACGGUGGGAGUGUUCCUCGCCCUGGUGCUCAACUUGCUGCAGAUACAAAGAAAUGUCACCCUGUUUCCCGAGGAGGUGAUGACAACUUUGUUUUCGUCUGCCUGGUGGAUCCCACCUUGCUGUGGCACAGGAGCCGCUGUUGUCGGCCUGCUCUAUCCCUGCCUCGACAGCCAUUUGGGAGAGCCGCACAAGUUUAAGAGAGAGUGGGCCAGCGUCAUGAGGUGCAUCGCGGUGUUCGUCGGAAUCAACCACGCCAGUGUUAAACUAGACUUCGACAACAACGUGCAGCUCUCCCUGACGCUGGCAGCCUUGUCCUUGGGCCUGUGGUGGACCUUCGACCGGUCCAGGAGCGGCUUUGGUCUGGGCAUCACCACUGCCUUCCUAGCUACUGUGAUCACACAGCUGCUGGUCUACAAUGGAGUCUACCAGUACACAUCUCCAGACUUCUUGUAUGUACGCUCCUGGCUCCCAUGUAUAUUCUUCUCAGGCGGUGUUACUGUGGGAAACAUAGGACGCCAACUUGCCAUGGGCGGUGUUGAGAAACCCCACAUGGACUGAACAGUGGAGAGACAGAAAAUCAGGAGAAGAACACUCAAUGCAAAAACGGACUAGUUGUAUGAAGAACGAGGAAAAUAACGGGAGAGAAAAGACUUAUUGUUUUGACUUCAUCCGUUGUUCUCAUUAACAAAGUGCGGGUCAGAAAAGCCCCUCAUCUAAUGUGCCAUGUCCUCUGCACCUCCCUGUGGCCAAACAACCUCUCCCACCCUCCUACGUUGUACUGCAUUAGCAUUAGCUUCCUUGCCUUUUUUUUUUUUGUUUUUUUUUUUGUUUUUUUGAAGUGAACUUGUUGACUGGUUUUAUUUUCAUGCUGGAAGUGUGUAUCUUCCCUCAGUUUAUGGAGUGCAAGCGUGCGCGUGUGUGCUUUAGGGCGUGAAUGUAUCGUGGUCUUAGCAGAGAAGACGUGCCAGGAGGGUUGCUGUAAUUUUUAUUUUUAAUUAGCCUGAAUUUAAUAUGAUCAUAAAAGGGAAAUGUUGUAUGAGUGGGCACAGAUAGUGUCUUCACUCAUGUAGAAAUGUAUUAAGCGGCCGCAGUGGCGUCACUGUGGCGCAGGGGAGAUUUACGUUCCCAGUCAAACCAAAUUAAGUAUUUAUUUUGUGGAUUUUGAAUGACCCCCAAACCAAAUGUACUGUAUGUUUGAUAAUGAAUGAUGAUUUCCAUUUUGAAAGAAAUAGUUUGACAUUUUGGAAGGAGCACUUUGGCGUUUUGGGAAAUCCACUCUUUGUUCACUUUCUUGCUGAGAGUUAGGUGAGAGGACAUCGAACUAUUGGAUAGAUGAAAUGAAGAGGGACAUGAUAAAUGUAUGGAAGUGCCAAUUAGUUUGCUACCAAUCGACGCUGGCUCAUAUUCGCUUGUUUAUGAGGACUUGAAGACAAGAUAAGUUCCUCAGUACAAGUCAUAUUUACCUGUGAACGGUAUCGAAUUCACAGCCAAUCAGCAUAUGAUCACAUUUUAUUUUUUUAGAAAACAACUCUUGAGACCUUCAGUGUGUUGUUCUGUCUGUUUCUGAGAAGUUUCAGACUAAAAGAGGAUUGUUUCCUAAGAAAGUAGGGAGAAGUAUGACAUCAACGUAUUAGUGUGGAUUGAAACAAAUGCCAGCCAUGUGCUUAUUUUAUCUUUUUUUUUUUUUUAAAUAGCAGAGUGAGGAAAGCCAAGGUGGACUGUGUUCUGAUAGAAUGUACCAGAAGUAUACUACAACUAUUUUUGCCAGCAUCUAUGGUUACUGUAAAAAAAAAAAAAAAGAAAGUAUAAAAUACUUUUCAGUGCAUUUUUACCUUCGUGAUCACGUGUUAAAUGUCUUGUAGACUGGACCUGUGAUUCCCAUCAAGACAAACACUUUACUACAUUUCCUACUUCGAAUUACGUCUUCAAACUAAUGAUGAUAGUUUGGGAGCAUACGCCUGGUGAAGGAGAGGGGAGGACAUUAUUACUUAAGAUUUGCAAUCUGUGAUUGCCUGUGUAUUAUAGAAUGUAGUGCUUUUGUCACUAUAACAGUUUAGUUUUAUCAUUUGUACAAACAUAAUGGCAUUACUGCUUGUAUGUAUAAUGGCUUGCCUAUGUAAUCAGACAGGUAUAUUACCAUACUAGACCUACAGUGUGUUAGUUAGUGUUUGGGGGUCUAGAGGAUUAAGUGCAAUCAGAUUAUAUACAUGAGCCGAUUAUUCUUCCUUAUUUAUUAUUGUUUCUGACAAAGGCUAAAAAAAAAAAUUAAAAAGUAUAACUCGUUGUAAGUAUAUGCAGUGUGGAUACUUAAGAAAAAAAAAAGCAAUAACAUCUUUGUUUUUUUGUGAACAAGAGUUUUGUCAGAGAUCACAUGCCUUUUAGAGUCAGUACCAAUGGCUCAUCAGAGAGACAACAUGAAAAAAAAAUCUAUUGUGUCAAACUGUUAAAAAUCUCAUUUAGUAGCAUUAUCGAAGGAAACCUGAUUUAUUUUUUUAAAGACUUUUAAUGGCAGAUCGAUCACUUCAGGUUCAUCUGCUUACAUUCAGGUGUACUAAACUGAAGAGGAAGCUUUAUUUUUUGAGGUGGUGAAGCACCUUUUGUUUCGAUGUUUUUGACUUUCUGUGUGUGUCUGAUAUUUCAGCUGUGUAUCAUUUUUGCUACCUUGGAUUUAAGUGAAAAAUAAAAACACCUGAUAAGGA